UGGUUACACGACCGGAAACAAGUCAGAAAGCACCUUCGUCGAGCUCGGAAAAUGGUGGUGAACUUCAAGGUCUACAAGAAAUGCUCCCCGAACGGCAAGAUCGCCCUUUACCUAGGCAAGAGGGAUUACAUCGACUAUUUGUCGGGCAUUGAGCCAAUAGACGGUGUCCUGCUGUUGGACCAGGACUACGUGGACACCGGUAGAAAGAUAUGGGGCCAGUUGGUGUGCAGUUUCCGUUACGGCAGAGAAGAGGACGAGGUGAUGGGUCUGAACUUCCAGAAGGAUCUCUAUCUAAUCUCGGAACAGCUGUUCCCAUCUACCAAGAAGCUCGAGGACAACUUGACCAGGCUUCAGGAACGUCUGCUGCGAAAACUGGGCCCGAACGCGAUUCCGUUCACCUUCAAGUUCCCGCAGACAGCUCCGUCCAGCGUUACUUUGCAGUCCGGCGAGGACGAGUCUGGAGAACCGUGCGGAGUCAGCUACUUCCUCAAGAUCUACUCCGGAGACACGGAGACCGACGUGACUCACAAGAGAAGCACCGUCAGCAUGGGUAUCAGGAAGAUCCAGUACGCUCCUACUAAACAGGGCCGUCAACCGUGCACGGUGGUUCGUAAGGACUUUCUUCUGAGCCCCGGCGACUUGGAGCUGGAGGUAACUCUGGAUAAACAGCUGUAUCAUCACGGAGAGAGGAUAGCUGUGAACGUGUGCGUGAGGAACAACAGCAACAAGGUGGUGAAGAAGAUCAAGGCGCUCGUACAGCAGGGUAUCGACGUUGUGAUCUUCCAGAACGGGCAGUUUCGUACGGUGAUCGACGCUGUGGAGACGCAGGAUGGAUGUCCUAUCAAUCCGGGCUCGAAUUUGACCAAAGUGCUUUAUCUGAAGCCGGACUUGGAGAAUAACAAGCAUCGGCGGGGUAUCGCUUUGGAUGGGAAGUUGAAGAGAGAGGAGAACGAGCUUGCGUCUAGUACUUUGCUCACUUCGCCGGAUGUGCGUGAUUCGUUCGGUAUCGUCGUGUCGUACGCAGUCAAGGUCAAGCUGUAUCUUGGAGCUCUGAGCGGGGAAUUGUCCGCCGAGCUGCCGUUUAUUUUGAUGAGAGCGAAGCCUGUGGACAGGAUCAAGGUGGUGAACGCUGACAACAUGGAGGUGGAGGAUACUACCGAGGAGAAGGUGAAGCCGGAGAGCAGCUAGAGAGGUUGCGAGAUGUGUCGAGGGAGGGAAGAGUAUUUUGGGGGAGGAUCUGUAAUAGUUUGUGCAGUACCGAUUCUUGCGGUAUCAACGAUUAGUCUUCGACGUUGGAACUCGAUAAAGAAUAAUUUCCGGCCGAGUAAUUGUCGAAGAAUGGAAGCAAUAAUCUGUAAUAGUUUACACGGUACAGUGUUUAAAGAUCUCGAAGAUUUCGUACGGUAUUAUAAUUAAUCUUCGACGUUCGAUUGCAAUGAAAAAAUAAUUUUAGGGAAAAUAACCACCGAAGAGUGGAAUCGAUAACUUGUAAUAGUCUGUACAGUACCGUAUUUCGGGAUCUCAGGGAUUUCGUAUGGUAUUAAUAAUUAACCUUCGACGUUGGAAGGGAAAAAUAAUUUUGGGGAGAGUAAUUGUCGAACCGUAGUCGUACCGUAUUUAGGGAUCUCAGGGAUUUCGUGCGGUAUUAA